UGGUGCAGAUCCAAGAAACUUAAGGCUUGCACUUGCAACUGAUGGUAUGAAUCCUUAUGGAAACUUAAGUAGCAAACACAGUUCGUGGCCAGUUAUGUUGAUGAUUUACAAUCUUUCUCCUUCGUUGUGCAUGAAGAGAAAAUAUGUGAUGUUGACCAUGAUGAUAUCGGGUCCUAGACAACCUGGAAAUGACAUUGAUGUUUACUUAGCACCUUUAAUUGAUGAUUUGAAAUUGUUGUGGGAAGAAGGCAUCGACGUGUUUGAUUCACAUGUUCAGGAACAGUUCCGUUUGCGUGCAAUGUUGUUUUGCACUAUAAAUGAUUUCCCAGCAUAUGGAAACUUGAGCGGUUAUAGUGUUAAAGGUCAUUUUGCAUGUCCCAUAUGUGAAGAAAACACUAGUUACCUUCAGUUGAAGCAUGGUCAGAAGACAGUAUAUACAAGACAUCGAAAAUUUCUUCCUCGUAAUCAUCCUUAUCGUAGAUUGAAAAAAGCAUUUAAUGGAAGUGCUGAGGAUGAGGUUGUGUGCAGACCCCGGAAUGGUCAAGAGGUGUACAACGAAGUCAAAAACAUUGACAUUGUGUUUGGAAAACAUCAUAAAAGUACCUCUGCAAAGACCAUUUGGAAGAAACGAUCGAUAUUUUUUAAGCUUCCAUAUUGGUGUGAACUUGAUGUUAGACAUUUUUAUUAUUAUAGUUUCCUUAAUUAGUUGAAUAACUAUUUGUCCUUCGUGAUAGGUCUCACUGGCAGCUGAUGGUUAUCAUUCCCAAACAAUGUAAAAUUAUAUGGUUUUGUUCGUUGCACAGGAAGAUGAAAAAUGACUUGAGAACCAUGCUUCAAGGAGUUAUUGGUAAAUCUCGUGGUCAAUUGGUUCAAAUUUUGUAUCCAAAGUGUAACCAGCAGGUAGAUUCAUGGGAAUGUGGCUUCUAUGUGAUGUGUUGGAUUAAGACCAUCAUUCGAGCUGUCAUUACAGAUGACUGGAAUGAGCGCUUCAAGACUACAUCGCCUAUUGCAGAGGACACAAUUAACCAGAUAAGGCAGGAGUGGACCGCUUAUCUUUUACAAAGAUGGAGUUAGGAAUAGUUAUAUUUCUUCUUGAUUGAACAUUGUUUGGUUUUAGUUUUAUUUUUAUGUUAAUAGUUUGGUAGUGGAUUGAACAUUAAGUAGAAUUUUGUUUAUAUAAAACGCAUAUUUAUGUUA